AUGGUGUGGGAUUGAGAAAAAAGACGUUCAUCAUGUCAAUGCAAGUUUAGAAGUGUAUAGGAAGGAAUGGAAGAAGAAGGGUUGCACUAUAAUGUCCGAUGGAUGGACCGAUGGAAAGUUUUGCUCUCUUACUAAUUUCCUUUUUAGUAGUCCAAGUGAAACGGUGUUUAUUAAAUCAAUAGAUACCUUCGGUGCAAUUAAAAAUUCUAUGAAAUUAUUUGAGAUGCUUGAUGACGUUGUAAAUGAAAUUGGGGAAGAAAAUGUGGUUCAAGUGGUAACCGAUAGUGCAUUGGCCUAUGUGGUGUCAGUAGAUUAUUGGAAGAGGAGAGGACUAAAUUGUUUUGGUCCCCAUGUGCAGCACAUUGCCUUGACUUAAUGUUAAGUGGCAUAGGUGAGUUGACGGUUUGCAAAGAUACAAUAACUAAAGCCAAGGAAAUUGCUGGGUACAUUUAUAGGCAUGCUUGGGGGCUUGAUUUGUUCAGAAAAUUUACAAAGAAUAGGGAGUUGACAAGACCCGUGGUUACUAGAUUUGCCACCACCUUCCUUACUUUAAAAAGUUUCCAAGAUAGAAAGCUCCAACUUAGAGUUAUGUUUGCAUCAGAAGAGUAGCCUGGAAGAACCUAUUCUACAUCUGUUAAUGCAAAAAAGGCACAAGGAACAAUCUUGGGAGGAGCUAGAUUUUGGAAAGCAAUCAAGUAUUGCUUGAAGUGUUUGCUCCCUUUGGUGAAAAUUUUGAGGCUUGUGGAUGGUGAUGCAAAGUUGACCAUGAGAUUUAUUUAUGAAGCUAUGGAUAGAGCGAAGGAAGAAAUUGCUUCAAACUUCAACCAUGUGAGGGGUAGAUAUAAGCGCAUUUGGGAAAUUAUUGAUACUAGAUGUGAUUUACAACUCCAUGGGCCUUUUCAUGCAGUGACAUAUUACCUUAAUCUCAUGUUUCAUUAUCAAGAGAACUUCACUGUGGAUACGGAGGUGAAAAUUGGUUUAUUUAGAACCACAGAGAGGAUGUAUCCAGAUAUAGAGGAUAGAGUGAAGAGUAUAGAGUGAAGUUGAUGAGCAAUUAGAAAAGUUCAAGAAGAGGGUAUGUUUGGUAUGAGCAUGGCCAUCUUGACAAGGGAAAAGAAGCAACCCGCUCUAUGGUGGGAAAGUUAGAAAAGAGUGCAGAGAGCUUCAAGAGCUAGCUAUUAGAGUGUUAAGCGUUACUUGUAGUGCCACCGGGUGUGAGAGAAAUUGGAGCACUUUUGAUUAUGGGCCCUCCAAGAAAAGAAGCCGAUUGGGGCAACAAACGGUUGAAUGCUUUGGUUUUUGUGAAGUAUAACAUUCAACUUGAGUUGAGGCAAAUUAAGAGACAAGAAAGGAGUGAGACUUAUGAUCCUAUUUAUUUAUCAGAUAUGGUAUCCGAUGAUGAAUGGAUUACCGAGAAAGUAGAUCCAUGUCUACCGGAAGAUCAUUCAUAGAUGGACAUCCAAGAGUGCUUCGAAGAUGAUGGAGCAACAAGUAGCAAAAAGAGAAAAAGAGAAAUUUGUUUAGAUGGUGAGCAAUGGAAUGACGGGUUGUUAGCUACAAUAAGAGAGCGGGUUCACAUGGAGGUUGAAAGAAAAGCAAUGCAGGGGGAUGCCAACAUUCUGCCAGGUCUUCAUUUCCAUGAAAAAAUUACAUAUAAAGUUGGAACUAAGGUGAUCUGUUGUCUGGAAGGAGCACGGAUUGGCAUACAGUAUGAGACGUCUUUCGCUGGGGAACCUUGUGAGCUGUACCACUGUGUGCUAGAGAGCAAAUCAUUUCUUGAAAAGAUGACUGUCCUUGAGCACACAGUUCCUUUCUUUCUGCCAAUACGUGAAGCAGAAAAUGAUCUUCUCUCUUCAAAUGCAAUGAAAUUUAUUGAUCAUGUUGGAGAUCUGUUGCAGGCUUAUGUGGAUAGGAGGGAACAGGUUCGACUUAUUAAGGAGUUGUAUGGGAAUCAAAUCGGGGAGCUUUAUCAUAGUCUCCCCUAUCACAUGAUUGAGUUUGUGUUAGAUGAUUUUGAUUGCAAGGUAACCGUAAGUCUCAGAUAUGCAGAUCUCAUCUCUGUGCUUCCAACUCGAAUUAGUGUCCUAGUAUGGCCCAUGCACCAAUCUAAGAAAUCUGCAACUAGUACAGUUACAGCAACAAUGAGCAAGAAGGGAGAUGGCGUGUCAGGAAGCCACUCCAUUCCAGCACGUCUAUCUUAUGCGGAGGAUGCAUUACGAACUAUGAGUUUACCAGAAGCAUAUGCGGAGAUUGUGUUGAAUCUGCCUCAAGCGCUUCAACAAUUGUUUCCACACAGGAACUCUUCAUAGUGCUCAAUCUCUUUUUGGCCAGCAAAAUGCAGACUGGACUUGUACAAAGAAACAACAAAGAUGGUUCUUGAUUUGUUCUGUUGUUUAAAAGAAUCACUUGAUUAUCUCUUUCCCCGUAGGAGAUGUGAAUCUUUGCCAAACUAGAAUGAAAUCUUUGUUUGUUCAUCACUGUGUAUAAAUUGUGGGAAUAGUGUUAAGUUAAUGAGUGUUCUAUUUAUUAUUUUUUACUGGCU